AUGGUACUUCUUAGGCAUGGAGUUCACCCACGUUCCUCUGGCCUAGUUCUCUCUCAACAGCAGUACACUGCAAAUCUUCUCAAGCAGAGUCAUAUGGAUCUAGCUAAACCAUUAUCCAUACCUAUGGUCGGAUCUUGCAAAUUGACCAAAUUCGAUGGGUCUUCUCUAUCCGACCCUAGUGAGUACCGUAGUACCAUUGGAGCCUUACAGUACUUAACAUUCACAAGACCAGAUAUUGCUUACAGCGUAAACAAGGUCUACCAAUUUCUCUACUCUCCAACCUCAAAUCACUGGGCAGCUGUAAGACGAAUACUAUGGUACCUCAAAGGUACAAUUGAUCAUGGGCUAUUCUUCGACUCCUCCUCUGCUCCCUUGUCCCUUCAGGCCUUCUCUGACGCCGAUUGGGCAGGAUGUCCGGAUGAUAGAUGGUCCACUUAA